AUGCAGAGCGAUGCCAGCAGUCGCACUGAGUUGACGGAUGCCACGAUUGCGGACAGCGAGGCCACCAUUGAGCAGCUGAAGGAGUUGCGAUUCAACGAGAAAAACUUGAUCAUAUACUCCGCGCCGGGAAUCAAUGAUGAACUCUCCGCCAGAUACCUGCGCAGCUUCGCAUUUGUGACCUUCAAGCGAAGAUCGCCUGGUUUUAUCGGGGAUCUGAUCACUGUGCUGCAAAAUCGGGAGCCAGAAAUCAUAGAGGAGUGCGGUGACUAUGCUCACUUCGACCUAAAGCGCACCAUCUGGAGCCUGGAACUGCUGCGGAAGGAGAUGCUCAACAACGACGAGUUCCAGAUAUUCCGGGUCAAGGCCCCGGACACCGAGAGUUGGAAUGCCUUUUUGCUGGGCCUCACCGAGGACCGAAGGCAAUGGUUCUCGGCCGUUUGGCUGCACGCCGAGUGCUACAUGUACCGCCGCAUCUGGUCGAUCUUCCAGCGCUCCGACACCCUCGCAAACUACGACUACUUUGGCGAGCAGAAGACGUCGGCUGCCAGGUCCUUGACGCCCUUGAUGAGGGACAUCCUGGAGGCCACCAGGAAGCUGCCGCGCAGCCAGGAGAACUUUCAGCACCUGCUCAAGCUAUCUGCCUGGGCCAACCGCUGCGACCUGUCCAUCACAACCGAGGGUCCGGAUGCCGAGAUUUUCCAUCGAAUUGCGGAGUACGAUGCGGAUCUGCUGGCCGAUCAGUCGGCGGAUAUAUGGAAGGACCUCACCGAGGCCUGUGAACCCGUCUACGUGGACAUCGUGUGUGACAAUGCCGGGUUCGAGCUUUUCGCCGACCUGCUGCUGGCAGAAUACAUCGUGGAAUCGGGCUUGGCUCGUCGGGUGCGGUUUCAUGCGAAGGCCAUUCCCUGGUUCGUCUCGGAUGUCACUCAUCAGGACUUUCACUGGAUGCUGAACUACUUUCGCAAGCACGAUCUGCCGGAACUAAGGGCUUUCGGCAGGAAGAUACGCGGCUACCUCCGGGACCGUUCGUUUAUCCUGUGCGACAAGAGCUACUUCUGGACAAGUGGCCACGACUGCAGCCAAAUGAAGCGGGUGCAGCCUUGUCUGUAUGUCUACAUCAGCGAUUCAGCCCUGGCGAUCUUCAAAGGCGACCUCAACUACCGGAAGCUACUCGGCGACAUUAACUACAAGUCCACUGCCCCAUUCGCCGAUUGCCUGCGGGGCUUUCAGCCCACCAGCGUAUGCGCCCUGCGGGUCAUCAAAUCGGACAUCUACUGUGGACUGCCAGUUUGCGCAGUCGAGUGGCUAACCGAGGACAAUCCGGAGUGGAUGACCGCUGGCAAGAAGGCCGUCAUUCAAGUGGCCAUCAAGCAUCGACUGUCGAGUGACACUGUUGUUUGAUUUACACAAGUUAUGAUUCGUUCUUUUCUGGAUAUCGCAA